GAGUGUCAGUCUUCCCUUCCAGCAAUGGCGGCCUACCUCCCCCUCGCCGUCCUCGUGGCCCUCCUCGCCGCCACCGGCGCCAGCGCCCACGGCUACAGCCAGACCCCCUCGCCGACGCCCGCCACUGCUGCCAAGUGCGACAAGGUGAUGCUGAAGGUGGAGGGCAUGGUGUACUGCCAGAGCUGCACGCACCGGAACUCCUGGUGCCUGGACGGCGCGACGCCGCUGCCGGGGGCGAAGGUGACGGUCACCUGCCGCGACGCCAAGAACCGGGUCAUGGCGUCGCGGACACCCGUUGCCGACGGCAAGGGCUACUUCCUCGCCGAGUUCGACGUCGCCGAGAAGGCCGACUACUACAAGGGGGACCCCGCCAAGGCCUGCUUUGUGCGUCUGCUCGCGUCGCCGGACCGCAAGUGCGACGACCUCACCAACGUCAACUACGGCAUCGAGGGCGCGCCGCUCCGCCACGAGGGCAAGCGGUGGUCCGGUGAGGGGUACGAGAACGUCGUGUACGCUGCCGGCCCGCUCUCCUUCAAGCCGGACACCUGCGCGCCCAGGGGCCACCAUUGAUGAUUGUUUUUUUUUUCUAAAUACUAAAAAGCAACUGAGUGCUGGUUGUCACGUUUCAGCACUCACCUUUUAGCACCGUCCGAUCGGCGCGAUCGAACCCAGGUAUUCCUGGUCGGGACGAUCGGUUCGUCCUCCCCCCGCUGACACGUAUUCACCUGGAGGCCCACCACUACCCACGCGCCCCGUCCGUUGCCUCACUGUUUCGAAAGCUCUA